AUGUUCCAUGCUGACCAUUUGGCAGGAAUUCGACUUGUCGACCAAAACUCAUAUUGGCAGUCUGAGUUGACUAAAGACUCGGAGCUUUACCUCCGAAGCUUUGUCAAUCCAGCCCUAAUUCCAUUACAUGCACGUUCCGGUCCCAAUCUCGAGCUGCACACAUCGCACGCAGAAACGUCACAAUGGCUGCAAGGCAAGCUAGCUGGUACUAUAUGGCUGGACGAAGAAGAUCAAGAUUUACAACAGUCAAUCCAAUGCCCCGUCGGUCUGCUUCUUAGCAUUGAUAGCUCCAAAAGCAGCGCAACAACAAAUUUGCUAGUUUAUGGAGUUCUUUCACACGCAUCAUAUCCUCGUCCACCAACACCACCUCAUUCAUCACCCUUUGACAUCCAACCCCAGCCCGCGCCACGGGCUCACUACGACCUCCGGAUUUACGCUGUGCCCCUCUCGACCACCCGCCUUACACAAGCUCAGUCCCACCCAUCCCCACCACCAGAUGAAGACAACUCAGCACGCUGUGCAGAGUUCCUGCCAGAUACAAACUCGCCCAGUCCCAAGCGCAAACGAGUCGCAACCCUCUUCGAAGUAGCAGCACAGCACCACCGCCGUGUCCGCCAGCGCGGCGGCGAAGCAGUCUCCCAGCUAAUGGCACCCUCACGGCCAACUUCUUCGCAUCAGCAAUCGCUCCGCAUCAAGCGCGAACCAGACGACGAUCUCCCCUCUCUCUCAUCCUUGGAUCGCUUCUCCUCUAAUCGGUCUCGUUCUGCAUCUCUCAGUGCAAAUAUGCACAGGCCUGGAAGUGUGCGCGGCCGCACCACGCCCGCAAAUGUCGAUCCGCAGAAACGGGCACCAACACCGAAUCCCUUCCUCGAGCGUCGGACGCAAUCAUUUGCUCAGACUCCGUCUGCUCUUUCUAAUGAGAAGCCUUUUUCCACGCCCAGCUCGCCAAAUAAAGAUCCUGAAGUUGUCAUCGCAGAAAACAAGAACUUGAUCACGCGCACCAUAUUAACGUGUAUGCGCUUGUAUGGAUUCAAUCGUGCCAAUAUGCGCACUACCUCUGGCAGCAGGGGUGCCGAGCCUGACGAUGGAUCUGGUGCAACGCCUGCACCUGAGCUUCGAGCUGAAACGCCUGCCCCGCUAACAGAUGAUGAUGAAUUCAAGUCGAUGUACCAUGCCACAUACAAAGCUGCGGCCUUUGCACUGCGGAAGUACUUGAAGCUGCCUGGGGCACCUGUGGUUCUUGAGAAGGAGAAGGCUAUGACUUGCAUUGAUGAAUUGCUGAAGAUAUUCUGUGAGGACCAUUAA